GCGAGGAGGACACGAGCGCCCUGAUCUACGUCGGAGCCGACGACGUAUCGGAAUGGGCGGCGAUGGUGUCUCAAAGAACUACAUGAUCGGAAACGAGCAGGAUAAAGACGAGGAAGGAGAGGAAGAAGAGGAAGAUGAGGGAGAAGAUGGAGAGGACGAGGAAGUAACUCUUGAGAAGCUUCUUGCGAAUAGACGAGCUGUGGUGGUUGGAGACGGUGCCGCUUCAAAGAGGGUUGAUUUGAAGGACUGUGAAAUGUCAGGGAAAGAGACCAAUGAGGUUUCUGGCUCGGGCGAUUUCGAGGGCCAGCACAAGGACAGCCACGAAAGUGAGGGAGAGGAGUCUUGUGGCUGGGGCGAUUUUAAGGGCAAGUACAAGGAAGGUCAAGGUCAUGGCAAUGAGAGAGGGGAGAAGCUAGCGCUUCGAAGCAAUGGCAAGAGAGAGGCCGGUCUUCUCAAACGGAAAAUUUUGGAAGCCAAGAGAGACAGCGAAGUGGAGAAUGCGACUGUAGGCAGCGUAACAGCCUUGAAGAAGAGGAAAGUCUCAUCGCAAGAAGUGCAGAGUGAAGUCGACGGGGAGAUGGCGGACAAAGAAAGAGCUGUGGAGGGCAAGAAGGCGAAGAAGCAGGCGGUGCUCGCUCUUGACGACGCGGGAGGGCAGAAAACGGCAUUCACGAAAAUGAAGGAGAAUAAUGAAGCUCUGCCAUGUUGCGGACCUAAUGGUCUUGAUGACUCCCAGUCGAAGCGAGGCCGUAGAGCUAGGCCCGCAGUGAUAGGGGAAUCGAUAACAACCGCAGCUGUACGAGGAGAAGGAGGAGGAGGAGGAGGAGGAGGAAGAGGAGGAAAAGGAGGCGGCGCGGUUGUGUGCAAUGCAACGGGUAGCAAAACGAACAUCGGUGCUCGGUCGACGAGAGCCAAGAAGGAAGGGGCACGGGAAAAUGUAAUUGACGACCAGGGGGAUGGAUUCUUAAGGAAGGAAGAGAGCAGGGAGGUACAUGCGAAGGGUGAUGAUAGGGAGCAGCAGGAGUCGGGAUCAACAUCUCGAAGGAGCGCGAUGAUGAUGCGCUCCUCCUCAUCACAGAGUACGGGUGAUAUCGCUUCCAAUUCUUUACUAAGAAAGACGAAGAAGUCAAAACCGGUUUCCAGUUCACUGGGGUCUAAAAGUGAUGCUAGAGCAGGGAGGGAGAACGACGACGAGAGGAGGGUUGAUAAAUCCCUUUCUUCUACGUCAGGGAAGCAGAAGGAGUCUGGGAGGAGGGUUAAAAGAACUCUUUCGUCCCCGUCAGGGAAGGAGAAGGAGGACGAUAGGAGGGGGGUUAAAGGCCUGUUUUUUAUGCCGGAGGUGGAGGAGGAGGUGGAGGAGGAGGAGCGGCAGAAGAGGAAGGGGGUGAAGGUUAAAGCCCUUCGUUCUACUUCGGUUGGCUCGGGUGAUAACGGCCGGACGAAUAGUGCAGGGGCGAAGCAAAUGGAGGUUGCAAAGAAAAAGGGGUCGAAGUCAAAAGAUGGCGGCGGCGGCGGUGGGGAAAAUGUUGACCGGGGAAUUGUGGAGAAAGUAGAGAGACGUGUUCGUGAUGGUGAUAGACGAAAGGGGGCGGGGUUGGGCAGCGGCGGUGGGGUGGUUAGAGGGGGGGGCGAGGGGGAAAAUGUCGCCGGGGAAGGGGCGGAGACUCCGGAAAGGGGGGGGGGUCGCGACGGUGCUCGACGGAAGGGGGUGUUGGGCGAGGGGGGAAGGAUUGCAGAAGGACGAUUUCUGCGAUGCGCGCGGCCUUGUUCAUCGGAAUCUGCGGAUCGCAAAUCACCCAUCCAGAGGAAACGUCAUCGGCGUAUCAUUGACGAUGAUGUUGAUGGAGAUGAGGACAGGGAGGACUUGGGGCCCAUCUUUCCAGUCGUUGCUACCAAGAAACGAUCCAAGAUCCGACGCGCGAGCGACGAUCCUUUCUCUCUUGAUGGCCUUCUUCGCGAGAAGCAGGCGGCGGUGAAGGCGAAGGAAAGAGCUGCACUCGCUGAACCUCUCGAUGAUUAUCUCGAUUCCCCUCCACCGUCGGCGACAGCAGAGCAAGUUAGGUCGCUUUGCGACCAGCUUAAUAAUGCAGAAGCAGGUGGCGAUGAUACGGAUAAUCGAAACUGGGGAGAACCGGCUUUUGGGCCGCAGAAAAAGGGCCUGUGCCCUUUCACUAUAGAUGGCAUACCACGUCAACCGGACAGCAUUGUUGGGCAACUAAUCCAUGGUGUCGAAGAUGAAGGAGAGCAAUUGCUACUUGCUGCGGAGCUGCUUUGUGGCACGCUGUUGCCGUCUCUUAUAUAUGGCAAGGGCCAUUGCGAUGCGGCAACAAUGAAGUGGCUCUUUGAUCAGAUGGUUUAUGCAGAGGAUGAGAGAUUUUCUGGUGGAGCUGGCAAUAUCCUGUGUGAUAUAGUAUCAACGCAGUCUGUGUCUUCUAGGUUACGUGCAGACCCUCAAGACUCAGAUGGCGGCUGCGCAUCCGGCUGGAUGGCAUGUCUGACGAGACGACCAAAUGGAGGGAUUGAAAUUCCUAACACGAGGCAAAAGCGGUGCAGUUUGGCAGGACUCCCGACACAUUCACAGAUUUUGGGAGUACUCAAAGAGUACGGAUAUCUUGCAGGCAAUGAUCAACGGAAGACCAAGGCCGGGGAAAGCUCUCUCACAAGGGAAACCACUGUGGGAGAGCAGGGUCCUCCUAGGAACAUUGAGUUUUUGCUGGAGUUCAUUGCAUCGCUAUGUUCUUCAAGAGAACAUUACAAGCCAUUUCAGCCAAAGGAAGUAGAAAAACUUGUCAGUACAAUGGCCCAUUUCAUUGCCGAUCAGUCGCUGGCUUGGAUUCGGGAUAAAGUUCUUCACUGCAUGAAGGCGCUGUUGGCUUAUUUCACGGAGGAAGAGUUCAAGAGCAGGCUAAACGUUUUGGCUGCCUCUGUUGCAAGUGCUUGUAAGGAGGUUACCAGUAAUAUUCAUGUGGUGUCACAUUUGCCGUUUGAGAGUAUGCGGGGAAAAAUUCUUCUGCGGCAGGCGGCAUAUUCACUGCUUCUGAGCAUGCCUCUAGGAAAGGAUUUGACGACAAUCAGUAGACCUCAUGGGGUGCCUCUGUUUGAUGUGGUCAAGGCCAAGACCAAGCGUGGUGUAAGUGCGCUGGACCUGAUUGACCUUGUAGAAGCUGGGGAUAUUUGGCUCCGCAAUACAGAGAGUAUUGUUUCCAGCACUCAAGCGCUAGAAGGUUGGGCAAGUUUUCUUCAGCAAUGCCAUGUACAAGUUCCUGUCAGCAACACACAGCCUGGUGCCUCAACACUGCGGGACUUGACAGCAUUCAGGAAGGCGAAGUAUCAGUAUGAGCUUCAGGAGUUGAAGAGAAAGGACGACCGAGAAAAUGGCGGCGAAGAAGAAGAGUGGGUUCAGCAGUGAUGCUUCUCACCAGUAAAGCUCCGUUUGUAUG